AUGGAUAAGUUAAAAGAAGCCUUUUUAACACAUUUUGUACCUGAACAAGACAUCAAUUACGACGAGUCCAUGGUGAAAUACUACGGCAGGCACUCAUGUAAGCAAUUUAUCCGAGGAAAGCCAAUUCGGUUUGGGUACAAAAUGUGGUGCUUAAAUACAAAAGAUGGCUACCUGAUAAACUUCGAUUUAUAUCAGGGAAAAAAUCCUAGGGCGAAUGUAUCCGAUGAGAUAUUAUAUGGCAAAUGUACUGCACCUCUAAAAAUGAUGCUGAGAGAACUGCCUGAAGGAAAGAUUCGUUUGCCAUAUAAAAUAUAUGUAGAUAAUUUGUUCACAAGUAUUUACCUCCUAAAAGAUCUAAGAGACGAAGGAUACUGGUGUACAGGAACCGUAAGGGAAAACCGCAUUCCAAAGGGAACACCGAUACCCUCCAAGGCAACUCUUCAAAAAAGAUCGACCCGUGGAGAGUACCAUUCUAUACUUGAUAGGACAACUGGAAUUAUAUUGGUGAGAUGGGCAGAUAAUAAUAUUGUUACCGUGGCCUCAACUUGCUACGGCGUCGAACCGAUUUCCCAAGUUAGAAGGUAUUCUCAAAAAGAGAAAAACAUUAUCUCAGUACCAUGA